CGGAAGGUGUAGUGAGUCAUCUGUGCGCAGAGACGAUCUGUGAGUUCCACCAUCAUCAGCUGUCACGCGUUUCACCGUCUUCUUAAAUUUACGUUCACCCUCAGCCGUGGGUUCGAUCCCGGAUCCAGACCCAGGACGUGGUGCGGAUUCAGUCCGAGUAGAGAGCCUGUGACCCGGGCGGUUCUCCAGCUGUGUCCCGCUCUCAGCUCCAGAUGUGACGCUGGAUUAAAGUGAAGCAUGAUGGGAGGUGGCAGAUGGACGAGCUGGUCGUGGACCGAGUGACACACACACACACACACACACACACACACACACACACACACAAAUCAUGGACCAAGACUUCAGUUUAAAUACACUGAAGAAGCUGGCAGCAGAACCAGACUACACUGACGUGUCGCUGACGGCAGCGGAGCGUGUUCGGGCACUGGGGAAGAUGGGAUUCAGUGUGGAGAUCAAUGACGACAUUACACCACGACGCUACUUCCGCUCCGGUGUGGAGAUGGAGCGCAUGGCGGCAGUGUACCUGGAGGAGGGCAGUCUGGAGAAUGCCUAUGUCCUCUACACCAAGUUCAUCACUCUGUUUGUAGAGAAGCUGCCGAGUCACAGAGAUUACCAGCUGUGCAGCAUUCCAGAGAAACAGCUCAUCAUGAAGAAACUUCAGGAAGUGGCAUUCCCUCGUAAAGACGAGUUGAAGAAGCGUCUUCAGGAGAAAUACAGCAGGGAACACAGCGAGUACCUCAGAGCCCAGAGCCAGGCGGUGGUGGUGGAUGGGUGUGGCCAGCAGCUGCAGUGCCUCUCCCUAUUGGACGAGGACAGGAGGCGGUUUUUGCUGUUGGAGGGGGAGAGACAGCGUGUCGCCGCCUUGCGACGGAUGCAGAUUGAAUCAGAACAGUUUCGUUACUUUGAAGACCAGCUGAGGCGUCAGGAACUGGCUAAUAGGAGAGGAGAGGAUGCGCCACAAAAGGUGGAGACCAAAGUACCUGAGGUGACGGACGGCUCCUGUCUAUCUCGGCCGCCAAUCAGAGAUGGUGUACGAUCCCAGGGGGUGGAUCCAAACAGAAACAGAGCUGCUCCCAUCAGCCAACGAACUGCCACUUUGGCUGGAGUACAUUCUCAGAAGAUGGAAGGUCUGAGGCGGGUGGUGAUUCCCAGAGAUCUGACGCAUCGUUUCCUCCUGUUGGCUGAUUCCAACACGGCCAGAGGAAUAGAAAUGUGUGGAGUUCUGUGUGGACGACUGACACACGAUGAGUUUGUGCUGACUCAUGUCGUGAUCCCCAAACAGUCGGCCGGUCCAGACUUCUGUGACAUGGAGAACGUGGAGGAACUAUUUAGCUUCCAGGACCAGCAGAACCUGCUGACGCUGGGCUGGAUCCAUACUCAUCCCACUCAGACUGCCUUCCUGUCCAGCGUUGACCUCCACACUCACUGUUCAUACCAGCUGAUGCUGCCGGAGGCCGUCGCCAUCGUCUGCGCUCCCAAACAUAAUGACACUGGCGUGUUCCAGCUCACUGCUCCAGGGAUGUUGGAGGUGUGCGGCUGCAGACUGAAAGGUUUCCACCCUCACUCCAAGGAGCCGCCUCUCUUUACUGUGUGUAAACAUGUGGUGGUGAGAGAGUCAAAGAUCAGCCUGCUGGACCUCAGAUGACAGACAGGAGGCGCUGUGAACUCACUCUGUGUCCACACUGGUUUUAAACAUUUGUUUUGAAGUCAACACACCUCUGCUGUGUGUGUGUGUGUGAGAGAGAGAGAGAGAGAGAGAGAGAGAGAGAGAGAGAGAGAGAGAGAGAGAGAGAGAGAGAGAGA